CACCGAAACUAGUUUUACACAAGCCGGCGCACGCGCAGCGCAUUGAGAAGCCGUGCGUUUGAAAUAAAAAAAAUACAAAUUUUAUAAUACCGUAUAAUCUUUGCGUAACAAUAUUUUGCCCAAAAAUAAAAACUUUAUUCAAUCAAAAUAUUUUUUGAAUAGGUAUAAUUCCAAGUCAGUAAAAACGUGAGUUCGUAUUUCGAAAUCAAGCCAUUUGGAACUUUUUUUUUUUUCUUUUUCAUCGGCACUGAAUUCAAGUGUUUUCAGGAUUGUUUCGGACCCAACCGGCCGUUAAUUGAGGUGGAAUAAUGCGAGAGAGCCUCCGUCGCCUGGCUUUAGACGAGGGCUGGUCGCAACGCCGCAUGGGAGACUCCCGCAGGGUGAGGGUCGAGCUGCUGGAUGGAGAGCAUAUCACUGUGGAACUGGACAGGAAAGCUCGUGGUGCAGACCUACUGGACAAGGUGUGCUGUGACCUGGACCUGAUAGAGAAGGACUUCUUCGGCCUGCUGCACGCCCAGCGCGGCGAUCCCAGGGUGUGGGUAGACCUCAACAGGAGACUGUCCAAGACCUUCAAAAACGAACCAUGGGAUGUGAAGUUGGCAGUCAAGUUCUACCCUCCCGAGCCGUCGGAGCUGAGUGAUGACGUCACCAGAAACCAACUCGUUUUGGCUAUCAGGAAGGAUCUCUUGGAAGGGCGGCUGACAUGCUCCGCCAUCACGCACGCGCUGCUCGCGUCGUACAGCCUGCAGGCCGCGCUCGGCGACCGCGCCGCCGCGCCCGCCGCCGCGCUGCUGGCCGACAGCGGGCCUCUGCCGCUCAGGGUGCUCACGCCGGAGAUGGAGGAGAAAGUUGACGAGCUGUAUAGGAAGCACAAAGGUCAGACGCCAGCAGAAGCCGAGCUAAACUACUUGGAAUCAGCCAAGAAGCUCCCCCUGUACGGCGCUGAGCUGCACGUGGCCAGUGACGUCCAGAAUGUGGACAUCGUGCUGGCUGUGGCUGCCCACGGCAUCACUGUCUUCAGAGAUGGUCAGCUGAUGAACCGCUUCCCCUGGGCGAAGAUCACCAAGAUCAGCUACAACAAACGAACGUACACUCUGCGGCUGAGGGCCUCGGAGUUCGACGAGUUUGAAACCCACGUGACCUUCAGACUACCCUCCACAACCGCUGCGAAAAAGUUGUGGAGGUGCAGCGUGGAACACCAUAUAUUCUUCAGACGCGAGACGCCAGUGAAGGUGGAGAGAGUAACCGGUUUCCCGCGACUCGGCUCGCGCCGCGUGUCGUGCCGCAGGACGCUCCGGCAAUUACGGACCGAGCCCAGCGCCCAACCGGCCGUCGUCGCCUGACAACAUCUCUCUCUCUAAUAAAACAGAGAAUAGUAUAGUCGUCAGUCGUUAUAAUGUGAUAUCUUUCGUUUCACAUAAACAAACAGUAAUUUUCUCAACCUCUUCCUCACGCUGACUUGGUAUGAAUCGCGUGCCUCCAGGCGUGAGGCCAAAUACCAAGAAAACUAUAUAUAGACGACGGUCAAGUGUGACCAAAUGAGAUAGAAGAUUUCUAUACAAUUUCCCUAUCCAAUUAGGUUAAAUCUCAUGAAUACAUAGCGACGGAAUCGGGCAAGUGUUGAGCGACAAAAGACGUCAGCGCUCUGUCGCGUUUCUUCUCGUGUAUUUCUUAUACGCUCAUCUCUGUCUUGUAUGAGCGAAAUAGAAGAUAUGUCGGGGUCUAUAGUUUUCUCUGACGCAUCAUCACAUGUCAUACUUUAUAUCUUUCGUUUCACUCACAGGUUUCGCUCAUUGAAGUAAGAGAAAUUAAUGCACUCGUGAGACAUUUAAAUUAAUAUUCAACAAAUAAACAUACCUCCAUAAUAUUAUAUCACAAAACAAUAUGAUUGAUUGAGUAACGUCAAAAAAUAAAUUAUUUUAAGACUUAAAAAAAUAUUUUAACAGUUGUGUGUUAUUAUUUUAAUGAAGUGCCAUUUUUACAUCGAUAUUAACUAAAUUUAGCAAUGCGCUUAAUUUUCUCGGGCACAUAGGUAGUUAGAGGAAUCUAACCUUGGUUUAGUGUAACGACUGAAUUAUUAUUUAGAUCUUAAAUUUACUUGUCACUAGUAUCCAAGAUAAUCGCUUUCUAUAAUAAAGAUUGAUGAAUAGUUAAAUUGAUCUGUCUACAUAAACAUUACACUCAAAAACAAGAGAACAUAUAAUAUAAACUAUAUUUUUGU